UUAGGGCGCAUGCGACGACGCUCUCGCGAGGUUUCGUCUUCCCGGAAGCGGCGGAGGGCGUGCUUUGUCGACGGCGUCGCGAUGUGUGGGGACUGUGUGGAGAAGGAAUAUCCCAACCGGGGCAACACGUGCCUGGAGAAUGGCUCCUUCUUGCUAAACUUCACGGGUUGUGCUGUGUGCAGUAAGCGGGACUUCAUGCUGAUCACAAACAAGUCCCUGAAAGAAGAGGAUGGAGAAGAGAUAGUCACCUAUGAUCAUCUGUGUAAGAACUGUCAUCACGUAAUAGCCAGGCACGAGUAUACAUUCAGCAUCAUGGAUGAAUUUCAGGAGUAUACCAUGCUGUGUCUGUUAUGUGGCAAAGCUGAAGAUACUAUCAGUAUUCUCCCUGAUGACCCCAGACAAAUGACUCUGUUAUUCUAAGGAUGUUUCUUCCGUUCCAUUGUACAAUAUAGCAAGCCCGAUGGUUUGUCGUUACUUAGUUUAUAUUGAAAAUUCUAUGCAUGUUUUUUCUGCUGAGACUGACUUAUUCGUUAAAAGAGAAAGUAAUUUAGGAGGUUGUUCUUUAGAGCUGAGCUCUUCUGCUAAAGUUAGAAGUUCAUAUUAGGUAGCCAGAGUGGAGCACCUUUGUUAGCAGUGAUGUAGCCAGAAAGUUGCACACCUGAUACCCAGACCUUGGUUUCCAAUAGAAGGAACCAGGGCUCCUUUGAAAAAUGGCUGAUUUUAGGACUGGGUCAGGAAACACACAAGACGAGCCUGGAGCAUCUUGUACCACAGAAAAAUGAAGUGCUGAAAUGGAAAAAUCUCAGUGAUUGGGAGUAUGUCUAACAGAGGAGCCAACUGAAAGAGCUUCCUUCCAGUGACCAAAGCUGGAGCAAUUUCAGCAACAAAAUAAAGUAGUAUUGGAUUAUAACCCAGACUGUGUAAUAAAUAUCUAAGGGUCCAUUCUGAUAGAAAUAAAUGAUUGAAUGAACGAAUGAGAGAGGAUAGACAAAUCUCUUGUGCAGAAGAAUUCCAAAUGGCUUAUGCAGAUACUCCCCACUGCUUAAGUGUGAGCUCUGCAGAGUGCCUUCCUUGCAAAGAGUAUAAUACAGAAAGAAGGAAAGAGUAACUUUAUAGUGGAGAAACCUGAUGAGCUGUCUCAGCUGGGUGAUUGGGGUUCACAUCGUUGAUGACAAGCCCUGUGACACUAUAUGCCCUUGAUAUGGUGUGAUGAGAAUCUUUACUUCUGUGGUCUUCUUCCCAAAAACCCAUAACCCCAGUCUGCUCAUGAGAAAAACGUCUCACAAAUUCCACUCAAGAGACAUUCUAUAAAAUACCUAACCAGUACUCCUCAAGACUAUCCAGGUCAUCAGAUACAAGGGAAGUUUGAGAAAUGGACACAGACAAGUAGAGCCUGAGGAGACAUGACUACUAAUUGUAGUGUCCUAAAUGGGAUUCUAUACCAGAAAAAGCAAAUUGGUAGAAACCAGGGAAACCUGAAUAAAGUGUAAAUUUUGAUUAAUCUUGAUGAACAGAAUGGUUUCAAUUGCUCCAAAGGGAUCUUGGAAUCUCUUGCUUUGCAUAGUUGAAUGAGCACUGGCUUAGGGGUUAUCAACACUGACAUUUAGGUCCCUCCACCAGUUAGUGGCAAUAUAACUGUUAAAGCAUUAUUUUGGGCUUUAUAGCCCUGUUUCUAUAAAAUUGGCCUAGUAAAAAUUGAUAUUACACUUUCUUCAUAGUAUUGUUAGGUGUUCCAAAUGAAUUAAUAUAUGUAAAAUACUUUGGAAAGCAUAAAAAGUACUAGAUACAAUAAGGUGGCUUCAGUUCUUCUCAUUCUAAGACCAAAAUGUAAAGGGUCAGGCAUUGGAAACAAAAUUGUUUCCCUUCAUGUCUAAGAGACUUGGAAAUUCUGAACCAAGACUUUGCUUAUAAGAAAAAAAAGUGAGCAAAGAGUUCACUGUAGAUACCAGGGAAAAGCUUUGUAGAGUAACAGCAAUAAUAAUAAUAGCUGAGGUUUAUUGAGUACUUACUAUGUGCCAAGACCAUUUUAAGCACUUGUUUAAUCCUCAGAAACAAUUCCAUGAGGUGGAUUCUAUUAUUCUAGUUUUAGAGCCAAAAAACUGAGGUACAAAGAAGGCAAAUAACUGGUUCAAUUCACACAGCUAGUCCAGCAGCUCACUGUCAAUUGUGCUGGGUCAGCGUGAAGUGUGAGGGUCUGAAGGUCAGGAAGAGGCUGAGAAUGUCAUUUUCAGCACUGAGGCAUCUAGGCAGGUCACAUCAAGAUUUAUCAUUCAGGAAAGUCAAGUCAGCUGCUCGUAGAGAUCAGUUGUUUUAUUCCUGGAAAAUGUUUUCCAUUUUGCUGCAAAUCUAUAUCUGACCUGCUAAGGAAAUCGUUUGGCAAAAUGAAUCCAGAAAGCAGAGAAAAUGCUUCAUUACUUUAAAUAGCAGCUCUAAGCCCAUUAUAGCCUCUGAAUUGUCCCUUCUUGGAGUUUGGUAAUGCUUCCAUCUUAGGUAUUUGAGGAUCAGGAGCACAAUUUUAUAUGCCCUGCCAAGGUCCUCGUUGCAGAAUGUGUAAUUAUCUAUUUGUUUUGGACUGUAUAGUUCAAGCAUUUACAACAUAAGAUCCUCUCCAUCUAUUGUGUUAUUAUUAACCCAGGAUUGUGCUGUUUUGUGAUACUUUUUCAUUUUCUGGAAUUCUGUGGAUCUGAUAGAAUAAAGACCUCUUUAACCCAG